AUGGCGGGGUUGCAUGGACUGACUAUUUAUCACUGGCUGGGAGGGAUUGUAUUCGCUUGGGCUCUUCAGUGUAUAUACCGACUGACGUUCCAUAAACUCAGUCAUUUCCCCGGACCACGCAUCGCAGCGUGCUCGUCCUGGUACUUCUUAUACUGGAUUUACCUCGGUCGUUUUCCCGAGCAGUGCGAACGACUUUUCAAACUUUAUAACACUGAUGUGCUGCGAGUUGCCCCUAAUCAGCUCGUGUUCCGUGAUCCACAGGCACUGAAAGAUGUGGUUGGCCGGAACGACGUCUACCGCGGAGACUUUGCGCUGCGGGUGAUCGGCUUCACGGGCAAGAAUGUCAGCAACAUUCGAGAUCCGGUGGCCCAUCGCCGGAAGAGACGACUCAUGAAUCCGGGCUUCUCCAGCACUGCCCUUGCUCGGCAGGAACCGCGCAUUAUCAUGCCGCUGGUGGACAAGCUUGUCCGUAGAGUCACCGAGAAAGAGGGCCAGCCGUUCAAUAUCUCGGAUUACUUCGACUGUGCUACCUCCGACAUUAUUGGAAAGCUUUCAUUCGGGGCCGAUUUCCAAAUGCUCGAUCGUGUCGACGACCACCCCUUCUUGCACGUCCUGCCCAAUGCCCUGCGCAUGUCAGUCAUCGCGCAAUGUAUCCCCGAGGUCUACCGCUUCCUAUCCUGGGUCUUCCAGGUCGGGCCCUCAUUCCUCAUUCCGAAGGCCUUUCGAGGCGUCGCUGAUUUCGCCGCUAAACAUACUCGGGAACGAGCGGCUAGGCAACAAUCCGGUCGCCAGACGGAGCACGACGACAUCAUGAGUAUUAUUAUCAACGGGACCGAGAAAAUGCAGGCACAGGACCCGAGCCUAGCCACCGACUCGCACGAACUCCUUGGCGAAGCAACUACCCUGGUCACCGGCGGCGGAGACACAGUUGCCACGGCGCUGACGGUGACCAUGUGGAACCUUGGGCGACACGCAGAUAUUUACCAGGAGCUUACGGGGCAGCUGCGCGCCCGGUUCGCGCGAUAUGAGGACAUUGACUCCAAAACAGUCUCGGUCCAGGUGCCCCUGGUGGAUGCGGUGCUGAACGAGUCCAUGCGUCUCAACCCCGUUCUCCCAGGGCCCAUGUGGCGUCGGACUGACCAUCCCAUUCCGGUCUGUGGGUACGCGGUCCCUGGAGGCACGGAGGUGGGCGUGAUGCGGCUGUCGGUCUUCCAGCAUCCAGACGCCUUCCAUCGCGCGGCAGAGUUUCUCCCAGCCCGCUGGCUCCAAGACCUUGGCGAUAACCUGGAUGCCUUCCAGCCAUUUGGGAUUGGUCCGCGCACGUGUAUUGGCAGGUCGAUUGCGAUGGUGGAGAUGCGCUUGAUCCUGGCGCGAUUGCUGUGGACAUUUGACUGGGAGCUCGUCACACAAGAAUACAACAACCCGGAAUAUGUAGUUUUGUAUCGGGCUCCACUCUGGAUGAAAGCAAGCAAGGCAGGCACGCGGCAGUCAAUUCAUCCUCUCGAAUGCUGGGAACCCCCGAGAGACAGCGUUCCCAAGGGAGGAUAG